CACUGAAGUUGAGAAACGUAAGUUUUUGAACAAACAUUGAAAAAAAGAUACUCAUUGUGUGAUACUAUGGGAGCCGGUGCAUCAGCAGCAGAUGAUAUCAAUGCUCCAGAGAUCCAUCAAUGGUACACCAAAUUUAUGAGAGAGUGCCCAUCUGGGCAGCUUAGUCUCUAUGAAUUCAAGACACUUCUGGAUCUGCAUGGUCUGAAUCCACAGGCAGACACAUAUGUUGAUCAAGUGUUUAAUACCUUUGACUUGAAUAAGGAUGGAUUUAUAGACUUUUUGGAGUUUAUAGCCGCAAUAAAUUUGGUUAUACGAGGGAAAAUCGACCAAAAACUGAAAUGGUAUUUUAAGCUAUAUGAUGCUGAUGGAAACGGAUCUAUUGACAAAAAAGAACUCCUAAGCAUAUUCACGGCUAUCCAGGCUAUUAAUGGCAACCAGAGCAUGACUCCUGAAGAGUUCACAAACAUGGUAUUUCAGAAGAUAGAUGUAAACAAUGAUGGGGAACUGACAUUAGAAGAGUUUAUCAAUGGUGUGGAAAGCGACGCGAGCCUGUUGGAACUGAUUUCAAAAAGUUUUGACCUUUCCAAUGUACUUAAAGUCAUACAAAGUGGAAGGCGGCACAGCAUCUGAGGUUUUCUGACCCUGAGUGGGGUCUGUGACACCACGGAUAUUGAAGGGAAGAUAAUAUUUAGUACUUUCACAGAGCUUUAAAUCUUCCAAGCUCUGCAUAGACAGUCACUGACGUCAAAGUCCAGGAAUAAUUGUCACUUCAGAGAUUUCACCCUUGAGUCCGGACCUUUUUUUCUUUCUUGUCAAUGGAUGCUGCAGCCACUGAACAUGAAACUUUAUCUGCACGCAAUAGUAAAUCUAUUUGUUGCAGUACAACAAGCCUCUCCGAUCACUAUCAACGCCGUUCUGAGUAAUGGAUAAACACUGACAACAGUACAAAAAUUAACCUUUGCAGAAGACCUUCAACUAAUGAAUUGCUUCUUUUAAGUACAGGUUGUUUAACCUACAAUUUACAAUGUGGUGAUAAACCAUUAGAUAGGAUUGGCUUCUAUCUGGAUCAAUUAAGAAUGAAGCUUAAAAUAGGAGUGGAUUAUCUGGGAAACACCUCAAUCAGCUUACUGUGCCAGAGAUAAACAUCCAUUUGGAAAAGCUGUUCUUGGUUUUAUUACAUCUGUAAAUUAAAAUGACUUAAUGCUUUGAUAUUCGAUGGGAGGCUUAUUAAACCUAGUUUUCUUCUCACCUUAAUCUUAAUGCAACCAUUAAUCAAUUCAUUAGCCUUUGGAACUGUCGAGUAACACGGCUCCAUAUGGAGCAAUUAUUAAAAAGUCCAGAAGACAGUUUAAAAAAAACCCACAAUUUUACUUUAUAAAUAAUAAGAUUAGUUGCCUGAGCUGAAAAGAAACGUCAUGAGCAGACUGCAAAGGCAGAAUUAUAGUUCUCUCUGGUUCCACUGAGGAUUGAGUCUCUCUCAAAUCUGCAACAGUUAUCAAAUUACGAGUAUUAUAUUAUAAGAAUAAAUUCUCAUUGGCUGAUCAUACCAUGGGGCAUGACACCGAUGCUUGUUUCUUUUGAAAGCACCAGCUUCAUGCACGUUAAUGCUUGCAUGGGCUCUUGCACCACAUAGAUGAAAGAAAAUUAUCAAGGCUUGAAAAUGAAAAUGUUUUUCUCCCAAAUUCACUUCAAAUCUGUGUCCAAUUGCACAUGAUAUGUGCUACAUCAUCUGUAAUUAUUAUACCCAUUGCUGGUUUGAUCAAUACAGCAGACAACCAGGGUAUGCAACA